CUGCUGCCAGCAACAGGUUCCCACUGUGACGCUCUUCCGCUGCCGCUGUCACUGCCGCUGCCACCGCCUCUGCUACCCAUCGCCUCUGCUACCUCCAUCGCCACAACGACAACUUUAUUUUUGAGCUUGGGUCACUAAUUUCGCUUAUCAGAUUCCACAAAUUUUGUUACUAUGGCAGUUGCUGAGAAGUUGGAGAAUGCACCUACAGAGCGCAAAGCAAAUCCGAUUAAGUCCUUUAUCACUGGCGGAUUUGGAGGCAUUUGCAAUGUGCUCUCAGGACAUCCCUUGGAUACAAUUAAGGUGCGUUUACAAACAAUGCCACGACCCGCGCCUGGCGAGAAGCCUUUAUACAGUGGCACCUUUGAUUGUGCUGCCAAGACCAUACGCCAAGAGGGUGUUCGGGGUCUAUAUCGGGGCAUGUCGGCGCCUUUAACAGGUGUCGCUCCCAUAUUUGCCAUGUGCUUUGCCGGUUACGCAGUUGGCAAGCGGUUGCAACAGCGCGGUGAGGAUGCCAAGCUAACAUACUCACAAAUCUUUGUGGCCGGCUCCUUUUCCGGUCUCUUCUCCACAUUUAUCAUGGCGCCCGGGGAGCGUAUUAAAGUGCUGCUCCAAACCCAAGGCACUGGCCCCAAUGGCGAAAAGAAAUACUCUGGCAUGAUUGAUUGUGGCAAAAAACUAUACAAGGAGGGAGGUCUGCGUAGUGUAUUCAAAGGCAGCUGCGCUACAAUGCUCAGGGAUCUGCCUGCUAAUGGCCUGUACUUCCUGGUGUACGAGUACAUUCAGGAUGUGGCCAAGGCGCAAUCGAAGACGGGAGAAAUCAACACUGCCUCAACCAUAUUUGCUGGCGGCGCUGCUGGCAUGGCCUACUGGAUUUUGGGCAUGCCCGCUGAUGUCCUUAAGAGUCGACUGCAGUCGGCACCCGAGGGCACCUAUAAGCAUGGCGUGCGCAGCGUGUUCAAGGAUUUGAUUGUUAAGGAUGGUCCAUUGGCUUUAUAUCGGGGCGUAACACCAAUUAUGAUUCGUGCCUUCCCAGCGAAUGCUGCCUGCUUCUUUGGCAUUGAGUUGGCCAAUAAGUUCUUCAACUAUUUCACUCCCAAUUUCUAGUUGAAGAUGAAUUGUUAUUAAUUGUAGUUGCUUUUACCCCAGGAAGUGCAAUGAAUUUAUUCAAAUGUUCGUGUUAAGAGUCAAAAUGUGUAGAGCUAAAAUAAAAGCGUAUUUUUAUAUUAACUUAGGGAUG